AUGGGUGCGCGCCAUAUCUGGAGGCUCAACCGGUUUCUCCGGAGCGUACAGGCGCCAUGCCGGCACUGGUCCAGCUGCCAGGAUCGACCGUCAGGUCACAGCAAAUGGGCAAAGAUCAAACAUGACAAGGGCAAGAACGACAUCGCGAAGAGCAAGGCCCGCACGCAUUUGUCUGCCGACAUCAUAAUGGCAUCGAGAUUGGGCGGGCCUGAUCCCAGCAUGAAUUCCAGACUCGCGCAUGCGAUUGCCGUUGCGAAGAAAGGUCAACUGUCGAAGACGUCUAUCGAGCAUGCAAUUGCCAAAGGCCAGGGCAAAUCGCCAACCGGCCAAGCGCUGGAGAACGUGACCAUCGAAGCGAUGCUGCCGCACGGUGUGGCUGCGAUGAUUGAAUGCCAGACCGACAAUAAAGCGAGAACGUUGACAGACGUCCGGUACAUCAUCACGAAGGCAGGUGGCACAGCUACGCCAACAGCGUUCAUGUUCGAGAAAAAAGGUCGGGUGUGCUUUGAAGAGCAGGAAAAGAUAGGAGUCGAGGAUGCCCUCGAAGACGCCAUCGAGGCGGGGGCUCUAGACAUUUCGUCGGAGGACAACAAACUGGUGGUUGAAACCGAACCAGCCGAUGUCAUGGCCGUUGCUCAGAAGCUUCAGAAGAAGCUGGAGCUUCAGGUGGAAAAGGCAGAAGUGGUGUACGUGCCGAACGAGGAUUCUGUGGUUACCUUGUCUGCAAAACAGGAGCACGAGGUGCAGAGCAUUCUAGAUUCUCUAGAAGAAGACCCAAGUGUCCAGACUUUGUACAUCAACGCUAGUUGA